GACUAACACUAAGGAGGACUCAAAAAGCUCGUAGGGGAGCUGUUUUCUGGAGACAUGGUGGAACCUGUUGGCAACCAGUAUGUUGUGGCUCGGCCAUUGUACUCAGACCUGGCAUUUGAUGAAGAGCACCAGAAAGUGCCCAGAUACCAUAAAAACUUUGUGGACCAUCUCAGAGCAUGCUUUAGCUGCACUCCACAGAAAGCAAAGAAAGUAGCUUUCAAUUUGCUUCCUGUCAUCUCCUGGCUACCUACCUACCGCUUCAAGGACUGGAUUCUCAGCGACAUUGUUUCGGGAAUUAGCACGGGGCUCGUAGCUGUUCUACAAGGUCUAGCAUUUGCUUUGCUGGUAAAUAUUCCUCCAGGCUACGGACUCUAUGCAGCCUUUUUCCCAGUGAUUAUAUAUUUUUUCUUUGGCUCUUCCAGACAUAUAUCGGUUGGUCCUUUUCCUGUCCUGAGCUUGAUGGUAGGAGGCGCCGUUAUAAGAAUAGUCCCAGAUCCAGUGAGUAACAGCACGCUAGCAAACAGUACAUUGAUGGAUGAGAUAAAUCAGAAGAGAGUCGUGGUGGCUGCAUCGGUGACUGUGCUUGCGGGCAUCUUUCAGCUGCUGCUGGGUGUGCUGAGAGUCGGCUUCAUUGUUAUUUAUUUAUCCCAAUCGUUAAUAAGCGGAUUCACAACAGCUGCAGCCAUCCAUGUUGUCGUCUCCCAACUGAAAUUCAUCUUUCAGCUGACAGUUCCUGGAUAUAAUGUACCUUUGGGAAUCAUAUGGACGCUGAAAGGUAUAUUCGAGCAGAUUACAAAAACGAAUAUUGCAGACCUUGUCACUUCGCUGAUCAUCUUGGUCAUUGUGUUUGUCGUGAAAGAAGUGAAUGAACGUUACAAAACCAAGCUCCCAGCACCUAUCCCCAUUGAACUCAUUGUGACUGUCAUCGCAACUGGGUUAUCCUAUGGUUGUGAUUUCAAAGGGAAAUUCAAGGUAGACACUGUUGGAAAGCUUGAAAAGGGGUUUCAGGCUCCCUUUUCACCAGAUAUAAGUAUCUUUGAAAGCUGUGUGGGUGACGGUAUCGCUAUUGCGAUCGUUGGCUUUGCUGUGGCCUUUUCAGUGGCGAAGGUAUAUUCCAUAAAGCACGAUUACCCCAUCGAUGCUAACCAGGAAUUAAUCGCCUUUGGAAUAGGCAAUGUCUUUGGCGGUGUGUUCAAAGGAUUUGCUGCAAGCACUUCGCUGUCCAGGUCGGGUGUGCAGGAAAGCACAGGAGGCAAAACACAGGUUGCUGGACUCCUCUCAGCUGUCAUUGUCUUGAUUGUCAUCUUGGCCAUAGGUCAUCUUUUGGAACCACUGCAGAAGUCAGUCCUUGCAGCUUUGGCUCUGGGCAAUUUAAAGGGAAUGCUGAUGCAGUUCAAGGAGAUCAAGAUUUUGUGGGGCAAGGACAAAUACGACUGCCUUAUCUGGAUCGUGACCUUCCUUGCUGGCAUCUUACUGGGUCUGGAUCUUGGGUUGGCAGCUGGAAUAGGAUUCGAACUCCUCACUGUUAUAUUCCGUGCACAAUUUCCAAAAUGCACAGUUUUGGCUAAUGUUGGAAGAAGCGACAUCUACAGAAACAGGAAGGAUUAUAGAGAUAUAUAUGAGCCAGAGGGAGUGAAAAUUUUCAGGUGCCCAUCCCCAAUCUUCUUUGCUAAUAUUGAAUUCUUCAAGGACAAAUUAACUGCAGCGGUUGGGUUUAAGCCACUGAGGGUGCUACGGAAGCGCAACAAAGCUCUGAGGAAAAUCAGAAGGAUGCUGAAGAAAGGGGAGCUUCAAGUCACACCUAAAGGCUUGAUUUGCACUGUUAAUGGCAUAAGCGACUCCGACGAAGAGCUGGACAACAACAGCAUUGAAGAACUGGACCAGCCCACAGAUACCAGAGACUUGCCAGUUCAGAUAGACUGGAACUCAGACCUUCCUCCCAACAUCAUCGUUCCGAAAAUCGACACACACAGCGUCAUCCUUGAUUUCUCGGCAGUGUCAUUUCUUGAUGUUUCUGCUUUGAGAGUCCUUGGAGAGACUUUGAAAGAAUUUGUCCGGAUUGAUGUGGAUGUAUAUAUUGUGGGUGCACACGAUGGCGUUCUGGAUAAACUGGAAAGAUGUGGAUUUUUUGAUGAUGAAAUUAAGCCGUCCAUGUUUUUCCUCACCAUCCAUGAUGCAGUUUUAUACAUAUUGCUAAAAAAGGACAUUGAGCUCAGCGCACCAAAGUACAAACCCAAUAUGGAAAAAGAAGGCAAGGAUCAUUAUAUAAUCAAUACAAAUGGACUACGCAGUCAGGAGUUCAUGGCACCAUCAGAAACAAAAUUCUAACUGUCAUGCCCACUGACGAGCAGGAAGCCAAAUGCUGCGAGUAUAAAACGGCUGGAAAAAGCAUUAUCACUGUUGGGGGAACCAGUUCAAUCUUGGGGGAAACGGCUUUAUACCAUGGGUGUGUAUCUAUAUGCCAAUAUUAAUUCUGAUUUGACUCUUCCCACCCUUGUGCUAAUGUAACCGGAAUUGUACCGCUGAGACACAAGAGAGAAGUAGCGGCUGAUAAAGGACGCACAGGUACAAAAAGUCUGAAGGUAAAAACAGCAGCCCCUUGAUGGCUAAGGGGCGCAGAAAGUUG